AUGACCACAUGUAAUAUCGUUUUACUUGACAUUGAAGGAACUACCACACCAAUAUCUUUUAUUCAUGAUUGUUUGUUUCCCUACGUUACCGAGAAUUUAACGGGUUUCUUGAAAGAAAACUGGAAUUCGUCAGAAUUCCAAAGUUAUAUUCAGUUACUUCGAGAGCAGGCAUUAAAAGAUGUUGAGAACGGGAUGACAGAUGCAGUAAUCAUCCCAAAAGAGAGUGAAAGUGAUGUAAAAUCAAUUCAACACGCAGUCACAAACAAUAUUCAGUGGCAAAUGCGUGUGGAUCGGAAAAUUGCCGCGUUGAAAUCAUUUCAGGGAUACAUGUGGAAAUCAGGAUUUGUUUCGGGUGAAUUGAAGGGUGUCAUUUAUGAUGACGUUGUAACGGCAUUUAAGCAAUGGAAAGAUGCAGGCAUAAAUAUAUAUAUAUAUUCUUCUGGUAGUGUUGCAGCACAGAAACUAUUAUUUGCGUAUUCGGAUAAGGGAAAUUUAUCGGAGUAUAUAGAUGGUUAUUUUGAUACAACUAUCGGUUCGAAACUCGAGAGUCAAAGUUAUUUGAAUAUUUAUAAUGAGAUUGGAAUUCAGUCUCCACCAUCUUCGAUAUUAUUCCUAAGCGAUAAUAUUAAUGAAAUAAUUGCAGCAAAAAAGGCCGGAUUACAAACUGCAAUUGUUGAAAGACCCGGAAAUCCACCUUUAAAUUUUAAUAAUGGCAGUAACAACGAACAUAUCUUAGUAAUACAUAGUUUUCUUGAGGUGUUUACCAACCGUCAAUAA